GGUCGACUAAUGUUAUCUUUGGAAGAAACAAUCGUUCAAUCUGACUAUUGUUUCUUAGCUAAAAAGAGAAUAAGCAAACUUUUUAGUGCUAAUAGUUCUUUUAAACUUUUAGUAAAUUAUUCAAAUAGAUGUAAACCGGAAACAAGUUCUUUUUCUUUUAAACCCACUAAGUCAAUUAGAACAACUAAUUGUUCAGAAAACAGAAAGCAGAGUGAUAUACAAUACUGCAUGCCUAGUCUGUGUAACAUUGUUGGAUAUUUGUAUUAAAGAAAACUACAAGACACCUUCCAAAUUUCGGUCUUUUUGAAUAUUUUUUUUUAUCAUUAUUUAUAACGAUAGAGCUCAUACAAAAUAUUUUAGAAACAUUUUGAUCUCAUCUUUCUGAAAGUAGUGACUGAGAAUGAAGCCUUCACAAGGUAUACCAGCGACUGUUCUUCUGAUUAUUUGUCUGGUCAGUUCUCAGGGAGAUAACCCAUACAAUCCCGGCCAGUACGGUGUUGACUCCCUUGACUUUUCACCUCAGAAAGACGACAUACCCCUGCAUACAAAAGUUUUCUUUCCUAAAUCAACCGGGAAGUUCACCCCGAUUGUGUUUAUCGGAGGUCUGUACGGUUGGGUUGUGUCUGAAAGCUACUCCACGCUCCUGUCGAACCUGGCAAGUCACGGCUACAUCGCGGUAGGCAUGGACCGGUUCUACUUAGAUCAGACUGACCUAUCUUCUCCUGAUUUUAAACCCAGAAAGAUUUCAGGUCUCGAGGGCGAAAGUCAGGCUCUUCAGUUGUACUUCAAUACGACACAGUGGAUUAAAACCCAUUUGAAAAGACAGAUUGUAGCCACGGCAGACUGGAAUAAAACUUCUUUGUUGUGUCACUCUGCUGGUUGUGAUGACACACUGGUCAUGGUCAACUUGAGUCGAACAAUAGCCCAGGCUUCUGUGUUUCUGGACCCUAUGAGUGUCAACGCAAUGAUUUUACAGCCAAUCGAGUCAAAAUUGAAAGUUCUGGCGUACAUGUCUCAACUAUCUGAAGAGAAACCCAUGUGCUGUAUUCCAGGGACAGACUACAAGAAGAUAUAUGACCUGGUCAAUUGUACCAAGGUCAGAGUACAGGUCAAGGAUUUUGGUCACUGCGACAUCCUGGAUGACCUGCUCUGGGAAGCCUGUCAUAUUGCCCACGCGUGCCGGACUACAGACAACAAAAAGUUAGGUAUUUACAGAAACUUCACAACUGGUGUGAUUGAUGGAUUCUUGCAGUGGACACUUCACGGGAACGUGGACAUGCAAAAAUACGUGACCAAUCAAGCGUACAUGCCUCUACCACUGGUCGACUUGGCUUUUGAUUUAACUUGCUAGUGGCACUAAUGAAAAGUUUCUCUUUAUUGAAUGCAUUAAGACCUUAUUGAAUACAUAGAAAGUAUUGCUACCAGUCAGCUAAGAUAUCUUUGUUCCCCUCAUGUUGUUUUAUAAAGGGAAGAUUAUUGUAAUCUAUCUAUCUAUCUAUCUAUCUAUCUAUCUAUCUAUCUAUCUAUCUAUCUAUCUAUCUAUCUAUCUAUCUAUCUCGUAUUGCCUUCAGUCACACUCUAGGAAACUUCUAUUUCAGCCUAUUCUGACUGAAAGUGUUUUUUUUUUAUUUAUUUGGGACAUAGUUGUGUUUUUUUAAACCAAUAAACACAAACCAAGUCAAUUCCCAGAACAUAUUUUAGAAUGAAAAUCCUUGACACAUUGUUUUUCUUACAAUACUAAUGGAUAGAAAUCAUUUCAAUUUCAAAUAGUAUUAUGUAAUUAUUUAUGAAAAUGGAACAGAUGACUAAAUUGUAUUUAUUUAAAAUGGAAAAGAUGAAGAUCUUACUGUUUAAACAUAUAUAUGAUGUUCCAUUUACGUUUUGAAACAAUGUACAAUAUAAAUAUAUAAUUCUUUUAACACCA